GCUGCUCCGCAUUGAUGCUCCGCUCGCCGGCCGCGCUCCGGCCCCAUCGCCGCCGUGCAGAUUCCUUCCACGACCUCUGUUGAAAACUCUCCUAAGCCUCUCUGCAAUCCUGUCUGCUUUUUCCCUAUGCCAGUCUCUCGUGUACGCUGUUAAUGGAGAAGAGGUCGAAUGACAGCCGGGACUGUGGUCAUCACAGGUGGAAUAUUAGCGACCGUCAUUUUGCUUUGUAUCAUCGCGGUUCUCUGCUACUGUAGGCUCCAGUAUUACUGCUGCAAAAAAGACGAGUCCGAAGAGGAUGAGGAGGAGCCAGACUUCGCCGUGCACUCCCACAUCCCUCCACUCCACAGCAACCGCAAUGUAGUGCUGACCAACGGGCCCUCCGUCUACGCCGCCUCCUCACCCUUCCACAAAAAGCACUCUCAGUGCCGGACCGUGUGCCCCAGCUGCUCCCAGUAUGAGCCGCCCACCUUCUUCCUCCAGCAGCCCCCCGAAGAGGUCCGCAAUGGGGGCGACCGCGUCAGCUACAAGAACAUCAGCCAGGAAGAUAUUGAACUGCCGGUGAGCGUAUCGAACCUGCAAGCGCUGAACCCAAACCGCCUCUCGGCCAUGCGGGAGGCUUUCUCUCGCAGCCGGAGCAUAAGCACGGAUGUCUGAGCUGCUAGAGCCUGGACAUAGUGAGCUGGCCAGCCCGUGUGAGGCUUUUUUCUACAACAUCCGAGCCUUUAAUAAUGGUGAAACUCUUUUAAAAAAAAAAAUCUGUGGAAGUGUUUUAAAAUGAUGAAUGUAUUUAUACGUUAUAUAUAGCUAUACAUAUAGUAAACCACUAUAUAAAGUGCAAAAAUAAAGGGUGGGGUGGGAGAGAGAGGGGGAGAGGGCCAUAGCAUAUGCUGCUUGGAGAGGUUUUGUGGGGCUGCACAUUUAAUUAAUUUUUUUUUUUAUUAGAUGAGAUUUUGAUAUUGUGCAUCCUUUUAUACCCAUCAAGAGGUCCCCUGAUGACCAUCAAGGUGGUGAAUACCAGCAGGUACAGGUGCAGGGGCCGUCACAGCAAGACAAUGCUGCACAAGCCAACAGGCAUCUGUCAUCCCUCUUGGAGGGUCAAACCUAUCCUUGAGCUGGGGGGGCCCAGCCUACAUACCACUGCAGACCUGGAAAUGGCACCAAAGUGGAACUGAGCGGUGUACGGGCCUUCUGCCGGGCUCGAAGGGGAAUGUCACCCUGAACGAGCAGUCAACAGAGAUGGGCUUGGUCUACAAGUUAGUGAACCAUAAUGGUCAUCUCUGACCUUUCUACAAUGCAGGAGUUCUCGCUCUUACUCUUGCUCUUUUUCUCUCUACUGUCUAUUUAUUGGGCACAACCCCGUGUGCAGAAGGAUGCCCCCCGCCCCCCAAGAUACAGGAUGCACAGCUAACGCGUGGUCUUGUCCUCUAGAAGAGGCUUCCAGAGGUGAAAUGCAUCUGUCCCUAGGGAAAGUAAUUGGGUUUUUUUAACACCACCAUCUGAUUCCUAUGUAACAGGAGAGAGACAAUUUAUCGCCAAGCAACUUUGGUUUUCCAAACCCCCCCCCCCCCAAAUGAUACUAUACACACGCACUUCUGAACUGGGCAACUGAGGGCUAAGCAAAAAAAAAAAGGAGACUUUUUCCCCAGUUUUUUUCCACCUGGAAACACAUCACAAGGCUUUUAGGCAGAGGCAAUGGACCGGUCUCAAUUCCAAGCCACUGGCAGAGCUCCGAUAACAAGAAUUUCUAAUUCACAGCAAAAGCCAGGGUCAUGCCCCACCUCAAAAAGGGGCUGCUAUGCAGCCAGUAGUGCCCAAGGCCCAUGCCCAGCUUAUCUAUUUCUCCACCCCCUGGUCCCUCUGCUGUCUUGAACAGCAACUGCUCUGGAAGCACCGUCUUCUGAAGUUUUCAAACUCCUGCUCACAGAUGAAAGUGGAAAUGCACCGCGGUUAUCUUGCCUUUCAUGAUAACGGUCCGACACGCUGGGAAAGUGUUGGGAUAGUGGCAAGGCAGAGAGCUAGAUCCCCCCCCUUGAGAGGAAACACAAUCUGUGACCUUGCCGUGGUAUUUUAACAGGCAGACGAGCUAAUCUCAGCCUGUGUGCACUGAAGACAUGAUCGGGCUUGUAAAUUCUUGAUGUUGCAACUCGAAAAGCACCAUGCUUAGCGGUCGGAGGAACGCCAUAUGCUGAUGGAGGAAGGCAAGCCUUUCCCUGGAUAAAACACAAUCAAAAGGAACCAUUUUCUUCUCGUUUAAGAAACAAACCAUUUCUAAUUUCUUUAGAAGAGGGAACCAGCAAUAGCAUAAGCUCUUCCACAGGCGUGCGCACGUGUGGUCCUCUCUCAAGGCUGCUUGUGUUUUUCUGAUGCAUACGACUUGUCUUCUGAACGCUCUCCUUUCUAACGUCAUUAUACACAAUUCAGGCUAAAAGCAGCGCUCCGUAAUCACAGAACGACUCGCUCGUUUGCAGAGAAGACCGGACCGGCUGCAAAUAGACUCUAACGGCCUCCGCGUCGCGCCUGCAUCCCAGGCUCAUUAUUAAAGAUGCACUCUCCGAGGAGAAAGCAGUCGUUUCAGACUCGUCCGCUUAUAAAUACUGUAUAUGGCCCAACUGGAUAUUUUACUUUUGCCCUCGAGGGUUUUUUUUUUAAUUCCAUGGGAGACCUUUUUAAUGUGCAAGUUAUUCUUUACAACUGAAUAUCUUAGACAUUCUUGGGGUGGGGGGCCUGUCUUGGUUUGUAACAAGUCUAAUAUGCCUGGUUUCUUCCUUCUUGAGCUGUGUAACUGGGGAAGCAUUGAUGUCAAUGUGUUUGCUGGGGAAUGGUGUUCUGUCUUCUGAGUAAUCUAGUGUAACAGCAGCCGCUUCUAUAGCUCUCUUAAUUUGUACACUCCCUGACUCCAGUUUGUUUCAAAUGCAUUUAGACUUUGGAUCCUUUGCCUUUUCUGUGGACAGACUUCUCUUUCCAUCUUCCCUCUUUUUUUCCCAGUAGACCUUCGACACCUUAGCAAGCCACGUCAUCCGUUUCACUCACCUUCACGCGGUGAACUGCUGUACAGGACUUCUGAGCUCACUGAGAAAAAAAUUUAAAUAAUAAAAAAAAAUAAAAUAAACUACUCUUUGACAUGG